CACGGGUAAAAGGGACCCAAGUCAGUAGGGACCGUGCCCGUCUGGUUCGUCACAGUGCAUUGUGCGCUGCGUGGGCGUGUGGCAGCACAUCACAUGUUUUUUGAAUGACUGGAUUAAAGAAUGCAUUGGCAUCUUUAUUAAACGGUAGACUUGAAACUCGUCUCUUUCCUGGGAAGCCUCCCCUCCCCCCCCCCCCCCCCCCGGGUCAGCUUAUUCACGGGGCCUGACACACAGCAGGUGCUCUGUCUCGGUUGGAUGAUUGGAGCACUGCUGUGGCUUCAAAGAUUUUGGCUGGAAGAAAGGUGAAAAUUAUUAGCCAAAAGGAAGCGAAGUGUUCCUGGAGAUUCGAUUUAAUUAUGUUAUAUUAAGAGUUGCAUAUAAGUAUUUUAAACAUCUUUCGGCUCCCAAGAGAUUAGGGUUAUUUUUCUGAGAUAUUUUCAACAUACGAUUGAAUACAAAAAAACACAAGAUACAAAAAUAGUAAAACAGAACUCCUGUCCUCAUUAUCCAGAUUAGAAGUAGAUCAUUCCCAUUAUCUGUGCUUUGCACAGUCCUGCCCUUCACCCCCACUCAGGAGUCAGCAUUAUUCCCAAUGUGCUGAUCCUUUCCCCUCCUCUGUCUCCCAGUGUCACCACGUAUAUGUAUCUUCCCCAAUGAAUGAAUGAACGAAGAUAAUUGUAUCUGCUCCCGGUGACGGUGUGUCCCCAGGGCUUCACAGCCUCUGUGACGCUCACUCUUGUCCUCCUUUUUCCCAGCAUGCUGACUGAAUGGCAGCUCUCUGUGCUGGUUUUACUUUACAUUUCCCCGAUUUGUAAUGAGGAUGAAAAUCUUUCCGUCGCAGCGGCGAUGCUGACCAGGACGUCGAGGCUCGUCCCUGGGGCCCGGCGGUUGGACCCUGGACGCCUUUUGCACACGGGAUCCCAGGCCCCCCAAAGCCUUGCCGCUCACCUGGACAACCCGGCCCCAGAUGAUAGUCCCAGAGCAGUUUCCCGCACCAGUGAGAAGGACCCGGCCAGGCAUGGGGAGCAGCAUGAAGGUCUCCACUACAACAUCCCCCUCCAGGACAUGAGGACCCUGUUCCCCCACAGCCUGCCUCCUCGCUUUUCCAUGCAGGUGAAAACAUUCAGUGAAGCUUGUCUGAUGGUAAGGAAGCCAGCCCUGGAGCUUCUGCAUUACCUGAAAAACACCAAUUUUGCCCACCCUGCUGUGCGGUAUGUUCUCUACGGGGAGAAAGGGACAGGAAAAACCCUCAGUCUUUGCCAUGUUAUUCAUUUCUGUGCAAAGCAGGACUGGCUGAUCCUGCACGUUCCGGAUGCUCAUCUCUGGGUGAAGAGCUGCCGGGGUCUUCUGCCCUCCACCUACAACAAGCAGCGUUUGGACCAACCUGCAGAAGCUUCCAUCUGGCUGAAGAAUUUCAAAACUACAAAUGAGCGUUUCUUGAGUCAGAUAAAAGUUCAAGAGAAGUAUGUCUGGAAUAAGCGAGAGAGCACGGAGAAAGGCAGCCCUCUGGGAGAGGUGGUGGAGCAGGGCAUCACGCGGGCGAAGAACGCCACGGAUGCAGUCGGGGUUGUUCUCAGAGAGCUCAAGGGUCAGAGUUCUUUGGGCGGGUUUCGCCUCCUGGUGGCGGUGGAUGGAGUCAACGCUCUCUGGGGAAAGACCACACUGAAAAGAGAAGAUAAAAGCCUGGUGGCCCCCGAGGAGCUUGCGCUCGUGCACAACCUGAGGAAAAUGGUGAAAAACGACUGGCACGGAGGCACCAUUGUGUUGACUUUGAGCCAGACUGGAUCCCUCUUCAAGCCGCGGAAGGCCUAUCUGCCUCAGGAGCUGCUGGGAAAGGAGGGAUUUGAUGCCUUGGAUCCCUUUAUUCCCAUCCUGGUUUCCAACUACAGCCCGAAGGAGUUUGAAAGUUGUAUUCAGUAUUAUCUGGAGAACAGUUGGCUUCAACAUGAGAAAGCUCACACAGAAGAAGGGAAAAAGGAGCUUCUGUUCCUGAGUAACGCAAACCCUGGACAGCUGGAGCGGCUGUGCGCCCACCUUUGAGCCAAGGUCGCGACGCGCGUGGACGACAGCGGACGUUUCCUCUCACAGACCCCGUCGGGCGGGGGGGCCACACGGUCCACGGACAGAGGGCCCUGCGCCGCAGCGGCUCCCCCGUGAAGUGACCAUGUGGCAGUGAGGUGUCCUCUUGUUCCCGAGACUCGUGAGAGCUUUUCAGGGGUGGUUUUCGUUUUGUAAGUAAUUAUGGAUCUGUCCUUAAAAAUAAAUGAUCCUUCUCAAA